UCACUUCCUGCAGGGACUGAAAACCAAGUGAAGAGAUGAAGGAUUGCACCGUACUACACCAGAGAAUACAGACAGGAUAGACACCGCAGGUAGAUCCUGACCGUCAUCCAGGGAACAGCUGCACAACUGUGGGAAGACAUCCAGUCCCUUCGCAGCGUUGCUUAACACAGAGAAGGUUGGACAGUGAAACCAUCAUCUAGAAAUCGGUCGGAUCUGGGGAGCUUUGACAUAUCAUCAGAUCUGGAACUGGUCAGUGGUGUGGAACCUUCCAUCAGAACCAACACUUCUGAAGGUUCGGCUGUGGAUGAUCAGUCAGGGUGAGGCUGGUGAGUGGGCUGCAAUUGUGGUGAGAGAUUCAAUCAUUCAUCAAGCCUCAUGAACAGCUGACUCAUUCCUACCGGUGAGACGCUGUUCAAGUGUGAGGUGUGUGUGGACAUCUUCACAGGCUCAUAUGGUGUCUGCACACGCUAGGUGUAUCUUUGAACAGCCACAUGGAAGAGAAACCAUUGAAGAAUGAGAUGUGUGACGAAGACUUCACCCAGUUAUCGAAACUCAUGAGACACCAAUGCACCAACACUGGGGAGAACAUGUUCAGUUGUGAGGUGUGUGACAAACCAAUCACAGAGUCAGCAUAUCUCCUGGUCCAUCAGAGAAUCCACACAGGGGAGACACCCUUCAAUUGUGGGAUUUGCAAUAAAGCUUUUCCAACAUCUACGAGACUCCUGAUACACCAGAGGAUUCACACAGGGGAGAAACACUUCAGUUGUGAUGUUUGUGAGAAGGCUUUCACCCACUCCUCUGAUCUGCUGAGGCACCAGAGGAUUCACACAGGGGAGAGGCCAUUCACGUGUGAUGUGUGUGACAAGUCAUUCUCACAGUUAGGGAACCUUCGUACCCACCAACGCAUUCACACAGGGGAGAAACCAUUCACGUGCGAUGUUUGUGAUAAAGCUUUUGUGUCGUCCUCGACCCUACUGAUACACCAGAGGAUUCACACAGGGGAGAAACCCUUCAGGUGUGAGGUUUGUGACAAGGCUUUCACCCGUUCCUCUGUUCUCCUGAGACACCAGAGAAUUCACACUGGGGAGAAACCAUUCCGGUGUGAGGUCUGUGAGAUGGCUUUCACCCGCUCCUCUGAGCUACUGAUGCACCAGAGGAUUCACACGGGUGAGAAACCCUUCACAUGUGAAGUGUGUGACAAAUCAUUCUCAAGGUCAUCGGAUCUCUGCGCACACAAACGUAUUCACACAGGGGAGAAACCCUUCAAGUGUGAGAUGUGCAACAAAGCCUUCACAUGGUCAUCGCCGCUUGUGAAACACCGACGCAUCCACACUGGGGAGAAACCAUUCAAGUGUGAGGUGUGCAACAAAUCGUUCUCGCAGUCAUCAUACCUCCUGAUCCAUCAGAGGGUCCACACAGGGGAGUAACUGUCAAGUGUGAAGUUUGUGAUAAACGUAUUGUAAAGUCUUCGACCCUGCUGGUUCACCAGAGAAUUCACAAGUGGCAAACUCCGUGAUGUUUGUGACCAGGCUUUCACCCAAUCCUCUGAUUGAAGCCCCAUGGAUUCACACAGGGGAGAAACCAUUCAGGUGUAAGGUACGUGAUAAGGCUUUCGCACAGUCAGUGUAUCUCCUGGUCCAUCAACACACAGACACACAGGGGAGAAACCCCAUCAGUGUGAUGUAUGUAAUAAAAUUUGGACUACAGAUGUUCAACAAGGUGACUCAUCACCAUCUUCUCAAAGACAGUUUGGGAUGAGCAACAUAUGCUGGCCUUGCCAGUGACACUCAGAUCCAAUUAAAAUGAAAGAGUUAGAAGAAAAGUAAAAACAAAGACAACACAAGUCCCUCAUGUAUGGAGCAGUUGUCAUUACCACACUCCUAAACUGCUGUGAAACCCGGACUGUGUAUGAGCGGCACUUAAGAGCAUUAGGGAGAAUCCAUCAGCAAUGUCUCUGCUGAAUCCUGCGGACUCAAUGGGAGGAGCUUCGAACAAAUGCCAGCGUCCUUCUUGAAGCCAGGUCCACAAGCGCUUCAGAAAAUGUCCUGCAGAAACAGCUUCGAUAGACUGGCCACUGUGUGCGGAUGGCCAAAAACAGUCUGUCCCACCAGGUCAACAUUCCAGGGGAGGACAAAGUAAACACUUCAAAGACACUCUGAAACUCUCAAUGAAGCAGGCAGAUUUGACCUCAACGAUUGGGAGGAGCUUGCUGCCAAUCAUUCAGAAUGGGGUUACUUCAAGCUGCAUCUCACUUUGAGUCCAAACUCCAUAAUGAGGAGGCAGAGCAGUGGCAGAGAAGGAAGGAAAAGAAUCCAGAUCCCACUACUCUGUGCUUCGGAUCCCACAAUCCCAUGCUCCGUAUCCCACUAUCCCGUGGGACAUUCUGCCCCAUGUGCACAGAGAGCUGUGGGUCGAGAAUCAGCCUUAUCAUUCACAUAAAGGGCCAUGGCAGAAACCAUGCUGAGUAGACGUCAUCCUCAAAGCAAGGGAGAGCUGAUGAGGAAGACAGGAUGACUGAAAGUUUGGUCAAAGAGGUGGGAUUUAAGUCAGAAGAGAGAGAUAAAUAUGCAGAGGUUUAAAGAGGGAAUUCAGGCUCCAUGCUCAUGAAGACACAACCGUCAAGGGUGAAGGGAAGGAAGUGGGGCGGAUGUACUAAAGGCCAGAAUUGGAGGAAUGCAGAGAUCUUGGAGGGAGACGGGGCUAGAGGUGACAAAGAUAGGGAGGGGUGAGUACUAUGGAACAUUUUGCACUUGAGCAUGAGAAUUUUAAAUUGGAGGCGCUGGGAGACUGGGAACCAGUGUAGGUCAGCGAGCACAAGGGUGAUAGGUGUGUGAGUUAGGAUAGAGACCACAGAGUUUUAGCUGACCUGAAGUUUAUGGAAGGUGGAAAUGGGAACCUGGACAGGAAAGCAUUGGAAUGGUCUAGUCUAGUCUAGAAGCAACAACACAUGGAUGAGGGUUUCAACAGCAGAUGGACUAAUGCGAGGUGGGGGUGUUGGAAAUGGGCGAUGUUACAGAGGGAAAUGGAUAAUCUUUGUGAUGGAGAGGGUAUGGGGUCGGAAGCUCAGUUGGACGUUGAAGAGGAUGACACUGACCAAUUGUUGUUGGAGAUGAGAGUGGAGAGGGCAAUGGAGAGGAAUUUAAUGAAUGUAGGAACUGGAGUAAUCCCUUGAGCCAGUUAACCCAUUCCAUCAGAUCAUGGCUGAUCUGUACCUUACCUGCCUGGGGUCUGUAACCCUUAAUCCCCUUGUCUAACAAUAAACCUAUCAAUCUCAGGUUUGAAAUUUUCAAUUGACCCUCAGCCUGAACAGAUUUUUGUGGAGAGAGAGUUCCAGAUUUCCAGUCCCCUUUUUGUGAAGAAGUGUUUGCUGACAUCACCCCUGAACAGCCCAGCUGGAAUUUUAAUGUUUUGCCCCCUUGUUCUGGACUCUCCCACCAUAGGAAUAGUUUCUCUCUAACUACUCGAUCAACUCGUUUAGUCAUCUUAAACACCUCAAUUAGAUUACCCCUUAGUUUUCUACAUUCAAGGGAAUGCAAGCUCAGUUUGUGCAACCUGUCCUCGGAAUUUAACCCUUUUAGCCCCAGGAACGUUCCGGUGAAUCUACGCUGCACUCCCUCCAAAGCCAAAAUAUCCUUCCUGAGGUGCGGAGUCCAGAGCUGAACACAGUCCUCCAGAUAUGGUCUAAACAGAGCUCUGUACAGCUGGAAUGUAAGUUCCACUAGGACACAGUUGGUUUUGGAGAGAUGUUGUGGGUUAUCUUUUCUCUUCAGGAUGGUCCUGGAAUAAUGAGCAGUUUUGGCAGAGGAAAGCAGGACCACAAGAGCUUGAUGUGGUCCAGUCAGAUCUGGUGAUGGAUGGCUAAACCAGUUGUGUACCAGAUAUGCUCAAAUCUUCACCCCUUGGAGUAGAGAAGCAGGGAGAUCAACCAGAAAGCAAAAGGGUAAAGGUGAUUUUGGGAACAUGGGUGUAGAAGGUGGAUAUGAGGGAGCGGUUAAACCAGAUUCAUGGCUACAGAAGCAUUGUGGUGAAUGGAGGGUCAAAGGGCAGAGAGUUGGGAAUUAGUAAGCGCUGUCCAACUCACCUGGGGGAAGAAUGUCUUCCAGGAAUGGAAACUGAUUGAUCCAUGGACCCAUGUGACCACUGGAUCUCCGUAACCAUUGGUGGGUUUGUAUGUUGGAAACGAACUCCAUCCUGUGUCACUAAAGGUCGGUGUCAUUUCUGACCAUCAGAAUUGGGAGCCAGACUAAAACACAGGGAUUUUAAAGAAACUUCUGUCUGUAGUACUCUGAGAGAGUUUCCCCUGAUGUGAGUGCGUGUGUGUUAGUAAAGUGAGCCAACUUUCAGGAAUGGGUAUGGGGUAGAAUCAGAUCCUGCUUUAGUUGGUGAUGUAAAUUAUAGACAGAUCCUCUUCAGGUGACAGCUGUUUGACUAAAAUGUUGGGGAAUGUUUGUGCUCUCCUGUCUAGGAGGACGACUAUCCUGAGUAUGGUGAGGGAGUGGGGGUGAGUCUCUACAGACCGGAGUUCCCUCAGCCUAUCAUACCUCAAUGUAAUAACAGUGUGAUAUGUUCACCUUACACUCUUCCAAGAUUCAUUUCACAUUGAGCAACAGAUUUUGAGUCAUUUUCAAAUGCUUUGUUAUUUUGGUUGUUUUAAUGUUUGAUGUAAGCUGAAUAUUGUGUUGUUAUUUGUCUGCUGUUUAAUCAAUCUUUUGGAUAGAUUUGAAACUCACAAUAAAUUCAUCUUUUUUUAAACUUAACCCAAACCACCUGAUUUGUCAGCAUGGUGUGUUCCUAUUCACUGAAACACUCGGGAACCUACAGUAAGAAUCCUGUACACAAUCUAUUGGUCAAGGUCAC